CGUGACCUGACCGGACUGGGACUGGAGUCUGGAGAGGCCGAGCCUGACCAAGUCCGACGCGACAAGGGCUCUGGGGCCUCUGGGCGGCGACAAGCAGAGGGCGGCGGACUGGGACACGAGCCGCGCCGGCGGAGGUCCAGGUUCCACGUCGUCAGCGAGCAGAGAGUGGCGGCGGCGGCGCGAGCCUGACCUGGUCGAGGCGACGAGGCAUCCAGGGCGGCGGCGAGCGGCACAUUAGGAGGAGUAGAGUGACGCUGGUGCGCACCUGACUAGGCCGAGGCGGACAGGGCUCCAGGCGGCGGCGGGCCACGGAGAGCAACCGGGCGAACAAAGAUUGUCGCUUGACAGUAUGGGAGGGGCUAAGACCCUACAUAUGAGUAGGGUAUGGCGAGAAGUCGAACCUGUGCUCUGGAUUGGAGCAACUGCUGGUUUGUGUUGGGCAGCGUGGAGGUACUACCAAUACCGCGUCUGCCUACGCAACUAUGGCCGGAAGAUGGGGCCGUGCUCGAGUGAUCCAGUUAUCGGGCGCGACGACGAGAUCGACCGUGUAAUCUGCAUUCUCUGCCGCCGGACCAAGAACUGUGCUGCGCUCGUCGGCGAGGCCGGGGUCGGCAAGACGGCCAUCAUAGAGGGCCUCACCCAGCGCAUAGCCAGCGGGAAAGUCCCUGCCAAGCUUGCCGGAGCACGGGUGGUAGAGCUCGACCUCGGGGCCAUGGUGUCCGGGGCUAUUUUCCGCGGUAUGUUUGAGGAGCGGCUCAAGGAUGUGAUAAAGAGUGCCGAGGAUGAAGACGGCAAGGUGAUCCUGUUCAUCGAUGAGAUGCAUUUGCUGCUUAGGGUCGGUGAUUGUAUAGGUGGCACUGAUGCUGCCAACCUGCUGAAGCCCGCACUGGCUCGUGGUCGCAUCCCCUGUGUGGGUGCCACGACUCUCAAGGAGUACCACAAGCACAUUCAGGCGGAUGCCGCACUCGAGCGGCGGUUCCAAAAGGUUCACGUUGAGGAGCCGAGCGUGCAGGCGACCAUUGCCAUUCUGCGAGGGCUUAAACAGCAGUAUGAAGACCACCAUGGCUUGGAAAUUCAGGAUGACGCUAUUAUUGCUGCCACACAGCUCGCUGGCCGCUACAUCACUGAUCGUCAGUUUCCUGAUAAGGCAAUUGAUCUAAUUGAUGAGGCAUGCGCUGCCACAAGGAUGCUGGUUGACAGCGAAAUAGAAGCAACCGCCACACGGACACAGAUCUGCAACAAGCAAAAAGUGAACGCGCAAAGUAGAGCUAUAAAUGCAGUGAAGGAAGGAAUUGUUGGUCCUGCUCAUGUCGCACAGGUUUUGAGCCGGUGGACUGGAAUUCCUGUCGCUGCUAUUGAUCAAGAGGAGAGGGAGAAAUUACUCCACUUAGCAGAAAAAUUGCAUGAGCGAGUUGUUGGCCAGGAUGAGGCGGUUAAUUUGGUGGCACAAGCCAUGUUACGUUCCAGAGUCGGCCUUGAUCAGCCUGGCCAACCAAUAGGUUCUUUUCUCUUUCUAGGCUCCACUGGUGUUGGAAAGACAGAGCUUGCGAAAUCGCUUGCCAUGCAGCUUUUUGACAGUGAGAAGGUGUUGGUUCGCUUUGACAUGUCUGAAUAUUCCGAGCAUGGAGAUGUGAUGCGCCUCAUUGGAGCACCUCCAAGCUAUAUUGGUUAUGAAGAUGGUGGGCAACUGACUGAGAAAGUCAAGAAGCGCCCAUACAGUGUCAUCCUCUUUGAUGAGGUGGAGAAGGCACAUCACUCGGUGUUCAAUGUUUUUCUCCAACUUCUUGAUGAUGGUGUGUUGACUGAUGGCCAAGGCCGGACAGUAGAUUUCAAGAACACCAUCAUCAUUAUGACCUCAAAUCUAGGAUCAAAGCACCUUGCAGAAGGAAUGGCUGGAGAAACCACAAUGGAAGACGCACGGAACCUUGUCAUGAAAAAGGUUCGGGAACACUUCGCACCCGAGCUUCUCAAUAGGCUGAGUGAGAUUGUGAUAUUCGAUCCCCUUUCACAUGACGUACUGAAAGAGAUUGUGAAAAUCCAGGUGAAGGGUGUUGUUGACAGAGUAGCUAAUAAGGGAAUCUCUCUACAUGCGAGUGAUUCUGCCUUGGACAUUAUUUUGUCGGAAUCAUAUGAACCUAUGUACGGUGCAAGGCCUAUUAGGAGGUGGUUGCAGAAGAAUGUGAUGACCGUGAUCUCUGAGAUGCUGGUCAAAGGAGACGCUGCUGAAGGUUCAACAAUCUGCAUUAAUGGUUCUGACGACAACAAGGGACUCAGGUAUGAAGUGGUGAAGAAGGUUGCAGAUCCUCCUGGCAACCUCUCGGAGCCAGCACUAGAGCCCCUUGGCGAUUCUAGCGAGGACAGUGAUGAUUUUUCCAUGGUCACUACCAUAAAAGAUAACGUCAUGGCGGCUGAAAAGACCAAGGUGGCUGUCGAAACGGUGUCUGCUCUCGGAGGUCAUGGUGCGUCGUGGUGGCCUUGGACCAUUUGGAAGUAGUUAAACAGGUCCUUGCUCUCUGUGGUUGGCAGUUCAGAAGCUGAUGGCAUGGUUAUGUAAUAGAGAGUAGCUAUUAUUAGCACCGGACAUGUGGUUCCUGAAAUGCUGAUACUUUUAUUUGCUCAUGUCAAAUAGAUACAUGAUUGAAAGCUUGAUCUGGAACAAGCUGCACAUUUUUCACUUUA